AUGUCCUCCAGGACUUCUCGCAGAUCCGAGGGUAAGAGUGCCGUGGCAUCGGUCUCGCGCGGCCCUCCCUCUUCGACCUCAGAAUCUAACCAGCAUAUCCAUUUUACAGUUAAGCUUCCGGCAAGUAAGCUUCGUCAAGCAACUUCUAGCCGAGCCAGCCAAUCCAGCCGCCAGCAAGCUCCUAGCUCUGGUGUAGUUGAGGGAAAACGGAACCGCUCUCAGAAGAAAAGCUACGUCGUAGACUCUAGUGACGAAGAAGAUGACGACGCCGAGGACGAGGUUCAAGUAGAAGAAGAAGACGAUGAGGAUGACGACGACGAUGAUGCCGACGGAGAUGAUGACGAUAUGGCUGACAUGGGAGAGGAAGAUGCAGAGGGCGAAAUCGUGGUCGACGACACCAUGGAUAUCGACGCCGAAGGAGACGACGAUGAUCUUGGCGAGGAGGAUGCCGAAGGCGAAGAGGACGACAUGGAUGUGGAUCCCAUCCCUCCUCCAGCACCCGUGAUCAAAGUCUCGAAGCCUACUAAGAGUACUUCUACCAGCAAGUCAAAAGCCCCUGCUAAAUCCAGCGGGAAGUCUGCGGUCCCACAGGCACGUGACAGCGAUGACGACGAGGAACUUAGUGAACUAGAAAGCGAGGCCGACGAGAUUCAGGAUACCGUCAAGGUCGGAGGGGGCGACGAAGAAGAUGCCGAGGGUGAGGAUGAGGAGAUCGAAGCAGCAAAUCCCGCCGAGGAAGAAGACGACGAUGCUGGUAGCGGCGAUGAAAGUCGUGCUGAGACUCCCGAUCUUACUCGAAUGACUAAACGACAACAGGUGCAAGCAAAGAAGCAUUUUACUGCUGAGGAGCUUUCUAUGCGCCGCGCUGAGAUGGCCCGUCGACGACGCAACCUGAGUGAGAAGCGUAACGAAGAAGUCAAGAUGGAGACCAUAAAUAAGCUUCUCAAGAAGCAGGCUCCAAAGACUAACCGCAAGUCAUUGCUUGCUGGGGACCAAACCCCUGAUAUAGACGCUCAGAAGCCAAAUCCCGCAUUUGUUAGAUGGAUUAGCAACAAGGAUGGUAGCCGAGUAGGUGUCCCUGACGAGAUGCUUUCUGGGCCGUCCGGUCAGGUCUUUGUUCGGGGUGGUCUUGGACGUGGAAAGAUGGUGGAGGAAGUGUCAUAG